AUGUCGGCAUACGGGCACUCGCCGAAGCAACAGCCAAGAUCUCCUCGGCCACCUGUAGCUCAGUCAGUCAACGUCGUUUCGAAUUUACCAGUAGAGAAACGUAGAGCAACAUUAGUGAGCCACGAUGAUUUCUUCAUCAACGAACCAAGGAGACUACCGGCUGCACCGCUGCCUCUAGUGAAUGCCCAAGGACGACCCAAAGUCUCUAGAAUUCUUGGCCCUCCAGCACCUCCGAUGCCUCGAGACUCUAGAUUUUAUGAUUUGCUGCAGAAUUUAGAUGUAACGAGAAUCACAAAUCGAGUAUUGGCGUGUGGAUUGCCGUGGAAGAAUAGAUCCGAGAAGAAGAGUAGAAGGAAUAAUGUUGAAGAGCUGGGUGUGUUUCUUACAGCUAGAUAUGGGAAAAAGUAUAUGGUCUGGAACUUGGCCGGUGACACGUCUCCUGGUUAUGAUCCCGCACCACUCGAUAAUCAAGUCGUAUCGUUUAGCAUGACGAAAGCAUAUCAAAUGAGCCUAAAGACCAUAUUCGAUAUCGUGAGGUCUAUAUCCUCAUGGCUGGCCAUGGACGGCGGGAACGUAGCGAUAGUGCACUGUACGAAUGGAUACUCGAGGACGUCCGUAGUUGUAGCCUGUUAUCUUCGAUACGCAGACUUGUUUGAAGAUACAGCCGAAGCCUUUCAAUACUUUGUAUCUAGACGAACACCAAACGAUGAAUCAUGGAUUACAACGUCACAGCGCCGAUAUGUACAAUACUUUGAGAACAUAUUACUAUUGGAGGGUGUACCGCCCAACCCAUCGCCAUUAAGAUUACAUCGAGUCAUGUUGAAUAGCAUACCGAACUUUGAUGGAAUGGGUGGCUGCCAGCCUGGCUGUGAAAUCUAUCAGGAGGGCAAACUGAUCUACUCUACAGCUAUGCCUGGAGCUCAGCACGACGGAGACGAAUUACCACCUGUAUAUAGUGAUGGCUACCACAUAAUAUUCCAUAUAACUCGGAAACUGCCGCUUGUACUCGAAAAAGACAUUGCUGUACGAAUCUUUCAUUGGAGUGAUCCAAUCCGCAACCCGUCUCAGCUGACGACUAUGGCUGGAUUUAGUUUCCAUACUGGAUUUAUGCCGAAUGGACUUAUAAGAGUAGCCAUGCAAGAUUUAGAGUUGGCGAAACGAGAUAUAGAUGAGGGGAGAUUCUCGACUGAUUUCUCAAUGGAUUUGAUAUUUAGUGAUUUGAGUGAUGGGGAUAUUUCAAGCAGUGAGGCUAGACCUGUUACGUAUGUAGACCACUUGGAUCGAAGAUUGUCGAAAUGUCUAGUCAGACUCGUUAAGUAUCAUCAUGUAAAAGUUGAUGAAGGGUUACUCAAGUCAUUAGAAAAGCUGGGGAGUACCAGAAUAGUGGCUUCUUUGGCAUUACAACGGACAAACAACAAUAUUCAUGACGCUCAUGAAUACAUAUCGUCAGUUUUAAACAAGUCUAGUGCUACUGCAACCAUCACCAAGGAAUUAGCACAAAUGGGUCGUGAGGUGUCGUAUAGAAUGAGGCUAUCUGAUUCACCCGAACCAAAAGCUUCAAGGACAAUACAGGAUCGUCCAAAUCGAGGCAAUUAUCAUCCUGCGCCAUUAAGAGCAACCACUGAUCGACCUGACUCCCUAUAUACGAUCGAUGGUGCUGAAUCAGACUAUGGUUAUAACAACAAUAGCAGUAGUAGCAGGGACAAUUAUGAUCAAGCCCUGCACAUGAAGUAUAAUAGUAUCAUGUCAGAGACGGCUCCGUCUAGGCCACAAAAAGAUGCUCGAAGAAGAGGAGAUGAUGAUCGAUCUAGUGUGUUCUCAUCUAGUUCUGCCGGGUCUACAACGAAUGUUAAGACUCGGAAACUCCGGGAAUUAUUAGCAAGAGCUAAAUGGGAUGAUUAUUUAGCUCCAGAAACCAAAUCAGCUUUUGAAGGUUUGGACGAAUCACAGCAAGCUGAAGUGCUUGAAUCCGCCGUGAGAAGAGCACGAGAAUCCUUACUGCUAAUGAAUGAGGAGGAUGCCAAUUAUGGAUCGUCAAGUUAUAAUAAUACCAGCAGUAAAACUAGAGGUCGAGCGGAUUCCGAGACAGUCGAUGAUAUGAUUGCCGCAUUAUUAGCAUCAGCACGUGGAGAACGUACCCUCAAUCAGGAUUUAAUAGAGGCUGCAUCAGCAGCAGCCAAACAAGCUGAAUUGUAUGGUGGCUCAUCUAGUGAUGUAUUUGCGGAAUUAAAGGCCAAAACGGCUAGACGAACGAAUAGCUCUGAUGUGCUCGACCAAGAUGAGAUUGAUCCUACAGCAUCAUUAUCUAGGAAUAAGCGGAAGAGCUUUAAUAAUGGCGUGCAGGAUAUGUUGCCCAUAACAUCACCACAAUCGCCAUCUAGUCGUGAUGCCAGUAUACCGCCACCACCACCUCCUCCUCCAGGAAUGGAUGGUUUUGGCGGGCCACCACCUCCUCCGCCACCUCCUCCUGGAAUGUUUGGAGGUCCUCCCCCGCCACCGCCACCUCCAGGAAUGCCGGGAAGUGCACCUUCGUUACCACCUGCAGAUGCUAAACGAGUGCGAGCUAAAUUGCAUUGGAACGAAAUUCGUGAUAAUUCCGUCCUCGCAGGUUCUGUGUGGGCUGAUUUAGGUGAUCAGGGCGAUGAUUUGUCGUUGGAUGUGAAGAAGUUUGAAGAGCUUUUCGUAGUUACCAAUGAUAAGAGCAAGGCCAAGAUUGAAGUAAAGCCAAAAGAGACCAACAAGUCACCCGUGUCGUCUGUAUUGGAUAUGAGACGAGCCAAUAAUAUUGCUAUUGGAAUGUCAAGAUUCACUAGACGCGGACUGAAUGCUGAAUUAAUUGUAAAAGCAUUACGAGAUCUGGACGAGUCAUUACUAGAUGGUGACGAUUUGAUUGCACUCGAUCAACUCAUGCCAACACCACAGGAACGGUCAAUGUUGGAAUUAUAUAUCUCGUCUGGUAAAAGUGAUCAAGAACCACUAUCACCACCCGAUCAAUUCUUAGCUGAUAUGAUGAAGGAUAAGGAUGUCACCAUGUAUAAAGCUGCCUUCAUGUUCAAGGCAUCAUUGGAUACAGAUGCCACCGAUAUACAGGCUAAAAUGUCCAAGAUGACAGAAGUCGCUGAACAUUUGAGACAAUCAGAGAAUCUGAAGACUGUAUUAGCUUCUGUCUUGAAGCUUGGUAAUUUAUCCAACUAUGAUUAUGGGGCAUCGAAUGAACGCCAUGCUCCUGCACGAGCCCAGGGGUUUAAGAUUGAAGCACUAGCCAAACUGAAGGAUGUAAAAUCAGCUGAUCGAAAAUCUAGUAUGUUGACAUUUCUAGUAGAGAAUCUGCGAUUAAGUCGCCCCGACGUAUUAGAUAUAGCAAAUGAAUUUGCCGAUCUAAAAGUAGUACGAUUUUACGAUACUCGGGAAAUCGCUGGUCAACUCGGUCAACUCGAAAGUCAAUUGAAUGGAAUUACGAAUUAUAGAUGGGCAUCUCGUGAAUAUAGUGACAAGAUUGCCCCCUCUGUUGAAGAAUGGAAGAAACGAAUCUUAUUCAUACGCGAUCAACUAAACACCUUUAAGGUCGCAUGGACGGAUGCAGUCAAAUACUUUGGUGAUAAUCCAGCCGACUAUCAGCCACUAUAUGAUAAACCACGUGGUGGAGAUUCGUUUUCGAAUAGUGGGAAGGAGCCCAGUCAUUUAUUCUCAACGUUGGAUUUGUUUUUUCAGAGCUUUGCUGAAGCUGUUGCUCUUGAUAAAAAGAGGAGGGACGAUGCCGAACGGGCUAUAAAGAGAGAAGCUGCGAAGUUGGAGAGGGAGGCUACGUUAGGAAGAAAUCGUGGGAAAAGUGCUGGAGAAAAGACUUUGCCAAUGCAUGGUUCUAGUAAAUCUGUUGAUUUGGUUGGUGGUGGUGGUCAAUCAUCGUCUUCUUUAAAUCAGCCUGCUGAGUCUAGUGGUCCAACUGGCAGUAAUAAUGGUAACAAUAACGUUAGCCGACUACAGCCGCCACUGCCAGAGCCUGAAGAAGUAGUGGAACCUCGUCAAGAUGAUGAAGAUGAGAUAUUUAAGAGAAUUGAAGGUUUGGGAUCAGAUCCAUAUCAGAAGCUGGAGGUGCCUGGAUUGUGUCCUAACUGCUGUGAAUAUGCCAUUGGAGGAUUGUUUUGCUUCACUCAAGACCACUCUAGAUCACGACAUUCCCCCUAUAACAGCCUCUUCAAACUCGGUUUCGCGGUAAUCCUACCAUCUGCCACACUCGCAUUCGCAUACCAGUCAUAUACCAGCAUAUACGCUGAAACCAGUAGUCUGCAGCGUCAAAAACCAUUACUAGAACUCAAACCUAUUACAACAAACGAGCACCUUGAUGACGAUGAUUCGCUCCACGAUCUAGUAGAAGGAGGUGUCAAACCAGCACUAGACCCAUCGACAUCAUCAACGUUAAAAGAGAUUGCUAGAGCUGUAGCUCCAGAUUGGGCAUUAUUGUUAGCCAUUGUGUCUGUUACGGUUGCGAGUGCUGCAUGUAAUAUUUUGACGCCUGUUGCUAUUGGAGAGCUGGUUGCUGUUGUGCAGGGACUGAUUAAAGACGGUGGUGGUGGUGCGACGGAUUUGCAGGUUUUGAAUGUGCCUGCGUUCAAGUUGAUGGGGUUGUUUGCUGGACAAGGACUCUUGACAUUCAUCGACGUGGCACUAGUAUCACGUCUUGGUGAAAAUCUUGCAACGAGACUACGAUCAGACUUGUUCUCGGCGGUUAUGAAACAAGAAAUGGGAUUCUUUGAUAAUCACCUACAAGGCGAAGUCAUUGGCCGUCUAACACAAGACGUUUCUGAAUUCAAGCAUACAUUCAAACUAUGCAUAACUCAAGGCCUGAAAUGUAUAACUCAGCUCAUCGGAUCUGCCAUCCAACUGUGGAGACUCUCUGCGCCAUUGACAUGGACAAUGAUAAAGAUUAUGCCGAUUAUAUACGUCGGGAUGAAUUUCUAUGGAAUGUUUUUGAGAAAGAUAUCGAAGUCUGCGAGGGUUGGUGACUCGAUUGCUAGUGGAGUUGCUGGCGAAGCCAUUUCCAAUAUACGGGUCGUAAGGGCAUUUGCAGCUGAAGGACGAGAAGGAGAUCGGUAUUUGGAGGCUGCUGAAUCAUCUGCAUCGUUGAAUACGUAUUUGGGAUUUCAUAUUGGAUUGUUCCAAGGGUUGACCAACACGUCCAUUGGCUUCAUGAUCCUCUUUAUCCUGUAUGGAGGUGGUGCAAAAGUGGCUCAAGGUGAAAUGUCGGGUGGUCAAUUAAUGUCAUAUAUGGUGGCAACUCAGAGUGCUCAGCGAUCGGCCAUGCUCGUUGGAGCGCUGUUCGGCCAAGUUGUCAAAGCUCUCGGCUCUGCUGCCAGAGUAUUUGAAUAUAUGGAAAGACAGUCAAGUAUACCCAUACAAGGAGGUCUGAAACCUGAUAGCUUUAGUGGACAUAUUGAAUUUAGAAAUGUGUCGUUUGCAUAUCCGACACGUAAAAAUCAACUAGUUCUACAACGGCUCAAUCUAGAACUACCUAUUGGCAAAGUCGUCGCACUUUGUGGUGCCUCUGGUGCAGGAAAAUCUACCGUAGCUCAUUUAAUUGAACGAUUUUACGAUCCAGAUUCUGGAGAUAUACUUCUAGACAAUAUCAGUCUGCGCGAUCUGGAUCCAAGUUGGGUUCGUCAACAGAUUGGGUAUAUAUCUCAAGAACCGGUUCUGUUUGCCACCUCGAUAUUUGAAAACAUUCGGCAAGUACAUCUAUACGGGAAGCCGAACGCUACAAGAGACGAGGUUGAGAUAGCGGCUAAAAAGGCGAAUAUCCACUCCGUCAUUAUGACCUUUCCUGAUGGAUAUGAUACGCUGGUUGGAGAGAGAGGAGCAAGUCUGUCUGGUGGCCAGAAACAAAGAGUCGCAAUUGCCCGAGCGAUAUUAAAGGAUCCAAAAGUGCUUAUAUUAGAUGAAGCGACAAGUGCUCUAGACUCACAAUCCGAGAAAUUGGUCCAAGACGCUUUAGAGAAGAUCAUGAUUGGGCGUACCACUCUUGUCGUGGCUCACAGGCUUAGUACCAUAAAGAACAGUGAUUUGAUUGUAGUCUUGUCUGCUGCUGGUAGAGAUAAACGAGCGGAUGGGAAUGUUGUAGAAAAGGGCAACCAUGACGAACUCAUCAAGAAAAAGGGUGCAUACUAUGAUCUCUAUUCAAGGAUGGCUACCGCAGAUGAUGGAAGGUGA